CACCCACCCCCAUUCGCCCUCUGCAGCAGUCUUGGUCUCAUCGUCCUCCGCUGCCCCUGACGCGUCUCCCCGCCCGCCGACACCUCCGGUGCGCAACUUGGCUCGCGCGCUGUCUCAUUGGACAAUAGCCGGUCGUGCUCAUCACUUACGCAGCGCUGACCUGCACCCUUGGUUUUGCGAGCAGACCCCUCAUCAGCAGUGGCCACGACCGAUUACACGCCCACACUAUUCCCAUUGCUAGCUUUAUAGUCCCAGACUGUCGCUUCCUUUGACCCACGGGUUAUCUCUGUCCUCGCAUCUCCUGCACACUGCCCACUCUCGUUUAACAUCUUGAUCGACCGCGGGACCCUCUUCCGGCCCACAAUUCCUUACCCAGACGUCUGUCUGCCCACCAUGGACACGAUGCAGAACUACAACACCUUUGUCAAUCCCCAGGACCUCGAGAACCAUGGCGACUUCCCAGACUCGUUCUGGCAGAUGCGCAUUGACCCAAACACCUUCUCGCCCUCGUACGAUGCUGUUGGCGUGCUACCUGGCACAAGCGAGCGCUCCAGCAGGAAACAGGACUCGGCACUUGACCUAACCUCUUUCUCCACCCAAGGCUACCCAUGCAUCAAGGCCGAGGACGAGUUCAGCAGUUUUGUAAACACUGCCCAGUCUACACCCACAUCCAACACACCCUCACCACACGACAACUUCAUCUUUAGCAAUGCCAACUCCCCAGGCGAGUACAACCGGGAUCAGAGCCAGACCAGUUCCCCCGAGACUUGCAAUGAUUCCCUUACCAACGACAGCUGGCCUGCGAUCCACAUCCCGCAGGCCGUCGAGCAAGCCAAAGUCUUCAUUGCGCUCGACAAGAACAAGAACCGGGCCGAAACUCAAAUCAAGACUACCGUGACAAUGGACCCGCUCGCUCCGCACUUCCAGUGGAUUCGCUUCCCUCGCCAAAACCUUGCCAAACCAAAGCAGAUGGCCAGCACUGAAGAGGUUGAAGCUAAUGAGAAGAACAACUGCACUGCCCGUUUGCAGCUUACUCUCGUUCUGGCGACUGCCGUGGAAAAGCCCGAAGGACUGGACCGUGCCUUCCGUCGUGCUCGAGGCGAGGAAGCGACCCCAAGGCGCCCACGUGGCGUGGCCAUCACAGACAUCGCCAAAGAUGACCGGUGUCACCCCCAAAAUGGCGGUGCAGUCAUCAUCUGUGAGGGUUGCAAAGAGCGCGAAGCCAAGAGGUUUAACCGCAAAAAGAAGCGCGAGGCAGAUGAUGAAAAAGAGUGGUCCAACUACGAGGACGACCGCAUCAUCAUGAUUAACGAGAAGGAGUUCAAGAGGUGGCAGGACAACGAAAACCCUGAUUACUCUUUGAAUGCCAAAAAGGUUGAGUUCGUCAUGCGCAUAACAUGCUACUGCAGGCAUCAAGAAGACAAAUCACCCGUUGGUUACAGGGUCAUAUUCACCUUCAAGGACGCCAACGAAAACGUUCUCGCACAGGAGAUCUCCGAGAUUGUACAAAUCACAGACGACCACAAGAACAAGGAAAGCCCCUCAGAAGCCCUGAGCUCCCUGACCAUUCCCACUGGGCCACAUGACUCGAUGCCGCUUCAGUACACUGUUCCCAUGUCCGAAUACUCCCCGACUGUCUGCAGCAGUCAGUACUCAUUACCCACGACGCCUAUUGUCCCACAAGCUCCUGGACUGCCGCACUCGCAGAGCAUGUUUUUCCCACGCGAGGCACAGUACCCCCGGAUGAUGAAUCCCACUCCUGCGACUCAGGCUUCCAACCAGGCUGGUAUGGGCUUCUAUGGUGCUGCAAUGCCUGCACCUGCGCCUACACAACAAUAUGCCACUCACCAGCGCGGUCAAAGCUACUUUUCACCAACAAUGCUCAGUCCCACAGGAGACCAGAUGUCGGCUCAGGCUGGUUACGCCCUUCACCGCCCUCAUUCUUUGGAUAGCUUCCCGCAAGCGUACAACUUUCAAUUCUCAACACAACAGUCGUAUCCACAGAUGUACUCGUCACAGCCGCCAUCACGUGCCACCUCUCGGCCAGCAUCGCCAACAUGGGACCAAGGAAGGGGCGCGAAGAAGAUGCGCGCUCAGCCUGGGUUUAUGUUGUAUGAGGACUUUGAGGAAUGAGAUCUUGACGAUACGAAAGCACGAAUUAUGAAUACAAAUACGGCGCCAUGUACAGCGGGCAUUUGAGUGGCGUUUUCGGAGUUCUUCACUUUGAUGUUUGAUGAUGAUCUGGGUGGAUGGUUUUCUGACAUGAAACAAUUCUAGCUUCGGCCACUCUGGUUUCUGGAAAAAGCGUUUGUUCCACAUGAAAUCUCAUCUGUACUUUUCUUCGCUGUCAGAUGUCGUUCUAACGGGCGGAUCCGCCAUAGACUUUGUUCUGUUACUAUAACUUUAAUUACUAGACCAGAUCCUGUAUCAAUUCUCCUUACUACUAGUUCCCUCACGAGGAUUGGUAGAUUCAAUGAAUCAUUUUACUAUCAGCAUACAAA